CGGCUGGAAAAGUUGGCGAAUUUCGGCCUGAAAUCUAGCAAAACAUCCUUCAAUUCCCAUCUUGACACAGAGUCUGCAAAGGCAGACCACAGACAUCCAACUUUCGGAUGUAUCACUUCUUGGGGUUCGUCUGAUCGAGGGCCUCAAGAAUCAUUGACAAAAGGGGUUCUGUUCGAGGCGGUAGGCAGCGGCGUUCGGCUGAGUGGGCUCUCGGCGGAACUCAACUGGGAUGCCGAACUCUUCGUCAAGCCUAUCAACACAGCCUCGCAAGAGGUCUCAUGGAAAAGUACGGUCAGCAUUUGUGACUUCAUCUAUAGUCUUGAGUAUCGAAUCAAAGACUCUGAGAUCACCAAGAGUCUAGAAAUUGAAAAAUCAGAGACAAAAGCCUUGGUGACCAACCUGAGGCCGGGCUUGAGGUACGAGUACCGACUACAAGGCAUCACCUUUCCAGGCUGGGUCAAAGGACCAUUUUCGGAAUGGGUGGUUUCGCAGACCGACUCUACAGGUGGGCGCAAUCGGGUUGGUUUCGACAUUUUUUCUGUCCUAUUCUUCACAUAA